GAAAUGCAUGACAGAAUUUCACAUUUACAUUUGGAUUUUACUGGUAUUCACGGUCUAGUAACCACUGUUUCUGGAGAAAAUUUUUAUGUUAACAUGCGUAGUUGUGUUUUAAAGCCGAUUAGGCGGAUGAAGGGAAUGAUUGUUAGUGCGGUAGCCUGGAAUUUUGAGUUUAACAAGGAGUCUGAAACUGGAUUUAUUCUCAUUGGAACAACGAAAGGAGCAAUUUAUGAAACAAAUAUUUCCUCUUCUGGCUCAAUUAAUUAUUUAAAGCAAUUAAAUCCAAAUAUUUCUGAAAAGGGAUUGCCAAUUUCUGGUUUACAUCUUCACCAAAUAUCUGGUUCAGAUUGUGAUUAUUUACUUUUAAUUUGUGUUCCAAACCGACUUUAUUGUGUCUUUGGUUCGGCAAAUUUACAAGUCAAUUCUCAGCAGAGAUCUACUCCUCAAGUUGUUGGAACCGUUUGGAGUAGUGUUAUGGUCGAUCAAAGUCAGGAGGCGGUGUUGCAGUCUUUAUUCACAACUGAGAACAAACCUCAAUAUCUUUCAAUGGUCAAAGACAAAGAAAAUGAAGGUCCACCUAGUGCUUUCACCGUCUUUCCGUUACAAUCUGAAGAAGAAAUGACACCAAAAUUUGCUUGGUUAGCAGCUGAUGGUCUCUCAAUUGGGACAAUUGAUUCAAGUAAUGAAGAAAAUAAUACAAGGAAAUCUGAUUGGUGUGAUCGUCUUUGUAUUGAUGUUAAUAUAAAUCAUCGUCGUUCUGAAGGCAGACUUGAUUAUCCUUUAGAUAUUUGUCUUACAGAAUUUCAUUUGUUACUUUUGUAUACCAGCAGAAUUGUUGCAAUUUCACUUUUUGAUAGAACACUGGCAUUUGAAGAUUUUUUUAUUGGUAUACCCAAAAUAAUUGGAAUGGGAAGGGAUGCAUCUUCUCAUAUGAUUUGGGUUUUUGCUGAAUCUUCUAUUUUUAUGUACCGGCCAAAUGAUGAAUGCCGUGAAGUUUGGCGUUUUUUCAUGGAACGGAAAGAAUUUGCAAAAGCUAAGAAGGUUGCCAAUCAAUUACAAGAUAGACGUCCAUUUCAAAUAAUUUUGAAAAAAGAAGCAGAAAAAUUUUUGAUGGAAAGAAAUUUUGUGGCUGCUGCUGAUGCUUUGGCUCAAUCAGAUGAACCUUUUGAAAAAUUAGUUCUUUUAUUGUUAAAAGAUGGACCUAGCAGUCGAAAUGGCUUAAAACACUUUUUGGAACUUCGUCUUAGUCGUUUUCAAGGAAAUGAGCAACGAAUGCAUAGGGAUAUGUUAGUCCUUUGGCUUUUAGAUAUUCAACUUUCUGAACUUGCUGAACAUCGUCAAAGUGUAACUAGUUCAACGGAUGCUUUUAUUAUUGAGGGUAGCUCUAGUGGAGGACCUUCCAGCGAAGUUUCUGAUACACGUGAAGCACAGAUUCGUCAAUUAAAGGAUCAAAUUUUUUGUUUUCUUAAUAGACCAAUAGUUUUUCAAGCUGUUAGUGAUAACCAGACGGCAGUCUAUAAAAUGAUUAGUUCUCAUGUCGAUUUCGAUGUUCAAUUAUAUUUGGCUAAUAAAUUACAUGAUACUCAAACAGUUCUCAAAAUUUUGUUAAUUCAAAAAUCAUACAAAGAAAUUCUUGAUUUGUUGGAACGUGAUAAUUCAAAUUUAAUUUAUGAAUAUUCUGAAGCUUUAAUUACUCAAGUGCCUGUUGAAUUAAUUUCUCUUUUGCUCAAAAAACUGAACAAAUUGGAUCCUUUGAAGCUUUUGCCUGCUUUCCUUAAAUGUUUAAAUCCUGAAUUAAAGAAUCGUGCAAAAGUGGUUGAUUCUAUCUUUACUUUUAUUGAAAAUCUUACACCAACACAAACAAAUGGAGCAAUUCUUGAUUUUUGUAUUAAUUUAUAUGCAACAUUUCGACCAAUGGAAUUAUUACCUUUUAUGCAAAAAUGUAUUAAUAAUAAUUCUAAGGCUUCAUUUAAUAUGGCAGAAGCUUUAAGAAUUUGCACGGAACAUGGUUUUUUUAAUUUUUUUAUUUCAUUGGGAGCCUUAAUUUUGGUUGAACGAAACCGCGCGGUUAAUUUUUCCCUGUAACGGGUCUUUUUUUCUUU